AUUUAUUUUUUGACAGUUGUUAUGUCAGUGUCAUAUUUAAUGUAAGAGCCGUAAUAUUUUGUAAUUUUCAAACAACCUAAAUUAAUUGAGAUUUGAUGCUUCAUUUAAAUUUUGUAUUACAAUAAUUACAAUAUGGCGUGGAGAUCCCACGGAAAAUCCAAUUUCGAAUUAGUGAGGAACUUAAAAGGCAAUGGUAUUAUUAAAAGUGAUGUAGUUGAGCAGGCUAUGUUAGAAGUUGAUAGGGGCUAUUACUCUAAAGCAAGCCCUUAUAUGGAUGCUCCUCAAGGUAUUGGUUAUGGAGUUACCAUAAGUGCUCCUCAUAUGCAUGCCCAUGCUUUAGAACUAUUAAAAGAUAAUCUAGUUAAUGGUACAAAAGCGUUAGAUGUUGGUUCUGGAAGUGGAUAUCUUACGGCAUGUAUGGCGAUCAUGAUGGGAGAGAAAGGAGUGGCAGUUGGAAUAGAUCAUAUACCGGAAUUAGUAGAAAUGUCAAGAUCAAAUAUUCAAACUGCAAAUCCUGAUUUAUUGGAGUCAAAAAGAGUUCAGCUUAUGGUAGGAGAUGGGAGACAAGGUUAUGCCGAUUUAGCACCCUAUGAUGCUAUACAUGUUGGUGCUGCUGCUCCUACUUUACCACAACCAUUAGUUGAUCAACUUAAGGUUGGAGGAAGAUUAAUAGUCCCUGUUGGCCCUUCUGGUGGAGAUCAACAAUUAGAACAAAUAGAUAAAUUAUCAGAUGGAAGUAUUCAACGAAAAAUUCUUAUGGGAGUCGUAUAUGUACCUUUAACUGACAAAGAUCGCCAAUGGCGUAAAUGGCUGUAGUUAUUUUUAUUUUGCUUUAUUUACUGUCCUAGUCAUUUUUUUAAAUAACAGCAUAACUCACAAAAUUUGGAAUAUUUCUAAAUAAUUGUAUAAUUUCCCAUUUUGUUAUUAACACAUAAAAUGUCAUUUUAGACAAA